AUGAAGUACGCAGAUGCAAUGAAGGUACUUGAUGGUCAGUUAAGUUUACUUUCAACAAAAUUGAAACCAAAAAUAAUCAUGGGUGAUGAAUAUAGAGGGCUGGUUAUGGUCACUCGUAGUGGAAAAGAAGCAAUAGGUAAUGUGACGAGAAAUGAAAAAGUGCACACGCAUGAAGAAGGCAAGGGUAUAGAGAAAGAAGAAAUAACCAUCCAUCAAGACAUUCCCAAGGAGCUGCAAAGUGAUGUGGAGAAACACAAGCCAAGCCCAAAAGUUAAGCAUCCUUUACCCAAAAUUUCUCCUCCAUUUCCCCAAUGCCUCAAGAAGAAGAAUGAGAUCUCCAUUGCUCCAGAGGACCAAGAGAAAACAACUUUUACUGGCACAUAUGGCACUUUUGCCUUCAAACAGAUGUUGUUUGGAUUAUGUAAUGCUCCGGCUACAUUUCAACAUUGCAUGUUAUCGAUUUUUGAUAACAUGGUGGAGGAUUCAAUGGAAGUAUUUAUGGAUGACUUCUCGAUUGUGGGUGACACUUCUGAAGCAUGUUUAGAGCAUUUAGGACAAGUUUUACAAAGAUGUGUGGAAACAAAUUUGGUCCUAAAUUAG